CUGACCUGCUGCUAGGAUCGCGACGGGAACUGGAGCCUGAGGUCCCCGCGCGGCCCGGGCCUGGCGCCCUGAGGGGAAGAGCGGCCCGGCCCGAGGGCGCUGGGGUGGAGACUUUGACUCCAGUCCCUUCCCUAGCCAUGACGGACGGGAUUCUAGGGAAGGCAGCCACAAUGGAGAUCCCCAUCCAUGGGAACGGUGAAGCUGGGCAGCUUCCUGAGGAUGAUGGGCUGGAGCAGGACCUCCAGCAGGUGAUGGUGUCAGGACCCAACCUCAAUGAAACCAGCAUUGUGUCUGGUGGCUAUGGGGGCUCUGGUGAUGGACUCAUCCCCACAGGGUCUGGCCGCCAUCCAUCUCACAGUACCACUCCUGCUGGCCCCGGAGAUGAGGUGGCUCGGGGCAUCGCUGGAGAAAAGUUUGACAUCGUCAAGAAAUGGGGCAUCAACACAUAUAAGUGCACAAAGCAGCUGUUAUCAGAGCGAUUUGGCCGAGGCUCCCGGACUGUGGACCUGGAGCUAGAGCUGCAGAUUGAGUUGCUGCGUGAGACGAAGCGCAAGUAUGAGAGUGUCCUGCAGCUGGGCCGGGCACUGACAGCCCACCUCUACAGCCUGCUGCAGACCCAGCAUGCACUAGGUGACGCCUUUGCUGACCUCAGCCAGAAGUCCCCAGAGCUUCAGGAGGAAUUUGGCUACAAUGCAGAAACACAGAAGCUGCUGUGCAAGAAUGGAGAGACACUGCUAGGGGCUGUGAACUUCUUUGUCUCUAGCAUCAACACAUUGGUCACCAAGACCAUGGAAGACACGCUCAUGACUGUCAAACAGUAUGAGGCUGCCAGGCUGGAAUAUGAUGCCUACCGAACAGACUUAGAGGAGCUGAGCCUAGGCCCCCGGGAUGCAGGGACGCGUGGUCGACUCGAGAGUGCCCAGGCCACUUUCCAGGCCCAUCGGGACAAAUAUGAGAAGCUGCGGGGAGAUGUGGCCAUCAAGCUCAAGUUCCUGGAAGAAAACAAGAUCAAGGUGAUGCACAAGCAGCUGCUGCUUUUCCACAAUGCCGUGUCAGCCUACUUUGCUGGGAACCAGAAACAGCUGGAGCAGACCCUGCAGCAGUUCAACAUCAAGCUGCGGCCUCCAGGAGCUGAGAAGCCCUCCUGGCUAGAGGAGCAGUGAGCUGCUCCUAACCAAACCUGGCUAUCAAGAAGGACAUUGGGAGAGGCAGUCCCAGGGUGGGGGAGAUUGGACAUGGGACAUCCCUUGCCACCUGCCCUCUGGCUUGGGCUCCCUUUCCCUGGCUGGGGCCUGACACCAGUUUUGCCCACACUGCUGUGGGUAGGGAGGGGGCUUGCAGGCCCAGCAGCUGCUGCCCUGUCCUUUAUCUUCCUGGCCACUGGGCUUCAUUCCCAGAUCUUUUCCUUCCACUCCACAGCCAAAGGCUAUGACAGAACCACUCCCUGGCCAAUGGCGCAUUAUUCCUCAGGCCUGUCCCCAGAUCCUGGGGUGUGCCCCCUGACCAAUGGCAGAGCCUCAAAAGGCCCUGUCAGCCAAUGGCAGCUCUUCUUGGGCUCCCCUGGGCCAUGAUGUUGCCUCCAGUACCCUUUGUCCCUCCUCUGUGCGUCCCCCAUUGCAGAGAAGGGGACUGGGACCAAAGGGGUGGGGAUAAUGGGGAGCCCCAUUUCUGGCCCUGCAUCUGAAUGGGCUUCCCCUCACCUACCCACCCAGUUUAAUUGUGCUUAGAGCCCUGGAAGAUUGGGACCUAGCACUAGGAAUAAACCUUUCAUAAAAGCAG